AAACAAAGCACCCCAUUUCCAUUCUCGCCUUAUCUCAAACCUGCUUUUGACUCGAGCCAACAAAGAAACAUCCAAAACCUCCAACAACCGUGUAUCCACUCCCCAAUACUUCACUGUCAUCGAACCCAAACUAUCAAAACCAUGAUGUCUCAACUAUAUGAACUUCCUUUUCUCCCUUCCUCCAAUAAUGUUUCAGCUCAAAGCAAGAAACAUGAAACUCACACUCGCAACACUGACACUUGUCGCACUCACGGCUGCUACUCCUCCUCCUGAGCCGGUUGUUCACAAACCUGUUCCUGAGAAGGCAAGUAGUGGCUGUUAUCACUAUUAUGUCUUCCCUACUCCUCGUCAGUUCAAACCCAGCCCAUCUCUCACCUCUACCUCGAUCUCAACCUCAACCCUCAACCCAACAUCAAUGUCAACCCGCUAAUGACAUCGGCAUAAUCCCCAAGCCAAACAACUGCUGUCUUCCUCGUCUCUGCGCCCGUAGAGAUGGCAAUUCCUACCAGUUCAACGAAGA